AUGUUGCAAGUCAUUUGCACAGCAGGUACCUUACUGGGGAUCAUCUCCCACCUUCUGAUCUUUAAGCAUGGCGAAUGGGAACGAUAUACACCCACUCUGACGGCGCUCUACGCCUUCGCUAUUGGUCUACUGAGCCCGGCUGUGACCCUUACAUUAACGGUGCUAUCCAUUCCCAGCACAUUGUUGCUUGUGUCCGCUUUCUGGGUCAGCUACAUGACUGGGCUCUUCGGAAGCAUCGGGCUCUACCGCGGUUGGCUCCACCCUCUUAGGGAUUUCCCUGGCCCUUUAGCUUGGAGAUUGACCGCACUCUGGUCCAUCAAGGCCUCUGUUCCUGAAUUCAAAUUUCCUGUAAAGGUACAGCAACUUCAUGAGGAGCAUGGGGAUUUUGUUCGCAUUCGGCCUCGAGAAAUCUCAAUCAACCAUGUAGAUGCUAUCCGUGAUAUUCAUGGCCCAGGCACUGUCUGUGUCAAAGGCCCAUUCUAUGACCUAAAUUACCCCUUCAGAUCUCUGCAGAUGCUCCGCGACAAAGGUGAUCAUGCCAGAAGACGGAGAAUUUGGGAUCGCGGACUUGGUAUUAAGGCUCUGACCACAUACGAGCCUAAAAUACUCGGCCACUGCGCAGACCUCAUAAAUCAACUGAUCGCGAGAUCGCGAAACGGCAAGCCCAUCGAAAUCGGUCCGUGGAUGAACUAUUUCGGUUUCGACGUCAUCGGUGACGUUGCGUUCAGCAAACCAUUUGACAUGGUCAAAGAUGGAAAGGCGGCACAAAUUCUUGAAACAUUCGAGAUGUCAAGGCCGAUAGCGGGGAGCCUCGUCUGUGUUCCCUGGACGUUCAUUCUUUUGAAAAGACUCCCUGUAUUGCGCGAUAAAGAAUGA